GGCAGGGCAGCCCGUUUGACGACAAUCCUGUCAAAGAAAAAGACUGUUUGAAGUAUUUUUUGUUUUGAUUUCACGUUAUAGGCGUUAUGUGAUCAAACAUGGUUCAGGACAUAAGUUAAUCGCCGCCUGCCAAGGUUCAAACUGUUUUUGUCAAAAGAGAAAUUGGCCAAAUCCGAUCUGAGUUAGAAUUUCCCGCUUUUUUAAGGAGUAUGAGUGUUGCUUCAUAGGAAGCUUCAUGUCUUUGAUCCUACACCUAUUUAUACAGCCAUCCCAUGCCUUAACAUAGUACUCUAAAGACAUCUCCUCCUAACGUAGUAUAGCUUAGCUCUCAGUCAUAACUUCUCUCAUACUUUCAUUUCUAUAGUUCUUACUUAACUUAGGAUUGAGAUUCCUGGGACUGAAACAGUGAAGGAUAUGACUAUGAAUCAAGUGCAGCUCUUGUCCCAGAUUGCAACCAACGAUGGACAUGGUGAAAACUCGGCUUUCUUCGACGGUUGGAAGGCCUACGACAGUGAUCCUUACCACCCCACCCGAAAUCCGAGUGGGGUUAUUCAGAUGGGACUUGCAGAAAACCAGCUUUCCUUUGAUUUAGUCCAAGAAUGGGUUAGGAACAACCCGAAGGCCUCCAUAUGCACGGCAGAAGGAUCAAAUGGCUUCAAGGAUAUCGCCAUCUAUCAAGAUUAUCAUGGCUUGCCAGAAUUCAGAAAUGCUGUUGCAAGAUUCAUGGAGAAAGUGAGAGGAAACAGAGUCCGUUUCGACCCUGACCGCAUAGUAAUGAGCGGUGGAGCAACCGGAGCGCAAGAAACGUUGGCCUUCUGCUUGGCUGAUGCUGGUGACGCGUUCUUGGUGCCGACUCCUUACUAUCCAGGAAACGAUCGAGAUCUAACGUGGCGAACGGGAAUUCAACUUCUUCCUGUCGUUUGCGAGAGCUCCAAUGAUUUCAAGAUCACCCGACGAGCCCUUGAAACUGCAUACAAGAAUGCUCAAGAAUCGAACAUCAAAGUGAAGGGCUUGCUUCUCAACAAUCCUUCAAAUCCAUUAGGCACGGUAAUAGAUAGGGAGACUUUAACUGACUCAUUACUCUUCACUAAUGAGAAAAACAUCCACUUAAUCUGCGACGAGAUCUACUCUGCCACGGUCUUCAGCCAGCCAGGUUUCACCAGCAUUGCUGAAAUAGUGCAAGAAAACACAGACUGCAACCGCAACCUCAUCCACAUUGUCUAUAGCUUGUCGAAAGACCUCGGGUUCCCUGGAUUCAGGGUAGGCAUCGUGUACUCAUAUAAUGACAUAGUUGUGAAUUGUGCACGAAAAAUGUCGAGCUUUGGGCUUGUCUCGACUCAGACACAGCACCUGAUAGCAACAAUGCUGUCAGACGAUGUUUUUGUGGACCGUUUCAUUGCUGAGAGCUCUAAGAGGCUGGAAAUAAGGCACGGGAUUCUGUCAGCAGGGCUAGCUCAAGUAGGAAUAGGGAGCUUGAAGAGCAAUGCCGGGCUAUACUGCUGGAUGGACUUGAGGAGGCUGCUGAAGGAGCCUACAUUUGAGGCGGAACUGGAGCUGUGGCAGGUGAUUAUUAACGAUGUUAAGCUCAACGUCUCGCCUGGCGCCUCCUUCCAUUGCUCCGAGCCUGGAUGGUUCCGUGUCUGCUUUGCAAAUAUGGACGGUGAAACGAUGAUGGUUGCAUUGAAUAGGAUACAUAAAUUUGUGACUCAGAAGAAGGGGUCUGAUCAGGAAAGUGGUAGGAAACAAUGCAGGAGUAGUAAACUUGAGAUCAGCUUAUCAUUCCGACGAUUGGAUGAGAUGAAGAUGGCGGCGCCCCACAAAAUGUCGCCUCAUUCGCCUAUGUCCUCGCCUCUUGUUCGAGCCAGGACUUGAAGUAUUUAACCUAAUAGCAUUGUCUGAUCAUGAAUAAGAUCAGGGAAGAUGCAUGAUCAAGGUUGUUGCUGCACUAAUUAGUUCUUCCUAAGAUGUAACAAAUUAUUGGAAAUAUGUUUUUAACAGUGUAUGUACGUAGUUAUUAGGGUGUUUUUGUGCAUGAACACAUGCAAAAAUGGUGUCUCAUUGGAUUUUUAUCAGGACAUAUCAUAUGUCCUGGUUUUACUCUCUGUUUUUCUUCUUUGUUCUUUGAUUUUCUUUUUCCUAUUGCUGAAAAGGAACAGCUAUAUUUGUUGUAAUCUAAGUUGUCUCUGGAAAUACAAAAUUCAGGAAUUGUAA